CGACCAAUCGGAGUCGCCUUUGCGGUUUAUAUGCUUUUACUCACAAAGGCAUUACGUAAAGGUCCAAGCUCUUCCAUCCACAGGCUCACAGUGUGCCCGUCAGAUCACUGAAACGACAUUUUUUAACGAUCAUGUCCGGCAGAGGGAAAACCGGAGGCAAAGCUCGAGCAAAGGCCAAGUCCCGCUCCUCCCGGGCCGGACUCCAGUUCCCGGUGGGCCGAGUCCACAGGCUGUUGCGCAAGGGCAACUAUGCGGAGCGCGUCGGCGCUGGAGCUCCGGUGUAUCUGGCGGCAGUGCUGGAAUACCUGACCGCUGAGAUCCUGGAGCUGGCAGGCAACGCGGCCAGAGACAACAAGAAGACCAGGAUCAUCCCCCGGCACCUCCAGCUGGCCGUGCGCAACGACGAGGAGCUCAACAAGCUGCUGGGAGGUGUGACCAUCGCUCAGGGAGGGGUGCUACCCAACAUCCAGGCUGUCCUCCUCCCCAAGAAGACUGAGAAACCUGCCAAGAGCAAGUAACAGACUCCCCCCGCAGGCUCACCGCGGAGCCGGUCACUUUUUUCAUAUCCGUGUUCGUUGUUUUUUCUUUUUUGGAUUAACAACCUUUCAAAUAGGGGGAGGGGGGGCUGUGUUUGAUGUUGGUGUUUCUACAAUGAAAUACACACUCGCUUCUCGUCGGGACUAUUCCUAGACUGCUCAGACGCCGCUGUGUGUUGUCGGCUCGGCGCUAUCUGGAGGAUGAUGAAGGCCGCGGGGACAUUUUUAGUUCUUAAUAUGGACCAAUUCUGAAGGGAGGAGGGGGGUGCUUUUUGUUUCGCAAAGCUGCUACAAAACAUAAAGAGUCGUUGUAUUGUUUUAUCAUGUUGUUUCAAUAAAUGCCCUGUAGCCUUUCGGCACAGGAAGAAUCCA